AUGCCUCCAGCGAAAAACGAUGAUUUUGAUGAGGACAAGUGCCGGUACUGCCUCGUCGAAUGCAAGAAUCAGCAACAAAAGCAACUGCACAACACCUUGCCCCUCCACAAUAAGCGUAAGAACAUCAGUGCCUUCCUCAACAAGAUUUCGACCAACGAGACGGAGCACACGCGACCUUCGGAAAUUGCGAGGCGCUACGCGUAUUUGAAAGAAAAUGUUCUGGGCGCGGACUGCAUCGUUGAGUUCGUGUUCGACUGGGCCGAGUCCGGAUGGUGGGCCUGCUCGAUUUGUUAUGAGAGCGGCAAUAACUACGACCAGCUCGAUCAGCAUCUGAACAGUCGUCGGCACUUGGGGAUUUAUUUGAACGAGUUUCUGGGUGAUGCACAGAAGAAUUUUUUGACCGCUUCCGUCAGCGAGAUUUUGGAACAAAAGGACAAAGUCUUUGCCGAGGGCGAAACGAUAUUGCCACCCGACGUGAUCAAGCUGCGGAUGGAUAAGCCUGAGGCUUCGGCCAAUCUGAUUCUGGUGGCCGACAGAGCACCUCAGUACACCGUGACGCGCACGGCUUUUCCGACCAUGUUUUUCCUGAAUUGCCCGACUUGUAAUGACGCGAUCAUCUUCCGCGGGAAAGAAACGGAAGCUGCAGAGGCGUGGCGCCGACACACCGUCGGCCCAGGCCAUCGAAACGCGCUGUGGAUCAACAACAUUAUAGGACUUUGCGCACCGGAAGACGUUGUCGACGAGACGGCCAAUAGCCGGGAGCACAACACGGUCAGCGGCUGGAAGAACUACGACUUGCUGCUGUCGGGCCAGCUGCCCGUCGAUGCGCAAAUGCAGGGACCGGUGUGCGGGAUGAACUAUCUGGUCCAAUUCGAAGGCAACUCUUACUGCUCGCUAUGUUCGUGCCUCGUUGACGGCCUUGAGGACCAUUUUUCGUGUGAAAGCCAUAUAUUGCGUUUUCUGACAAAGCUCGAUCCGAAAAAUGGCUUAACCAUGUCGUUCUGUGACGCGAGGAUGAGGAGGGCGCGGCUGCUCCAAUGCUUGCCGAAGAAGGCGCUCUACAACGACAAAGCCCGACGGUGCCCCUGCGCGAUGCCGAAGGAGUUGAAGGAGCGCGUUAUAAUGGGUCCACUGCCACUUCCCGAACCAAUCCCAGCCCCCGAGCCCUACGACGAAUCUCGUAACUGCAUCAUGUGCUCGACUUGCUUGACCACCCUGCCGCUCGUUGAAAACGAUCACAUGUCCGCCUGGCAUGACCACAUCGAAAGCGAGCUGCAUUAUACGAUGAUCGCCAAACGGGCGGAGUACUUCCUAGAUGAUCAAUUCUCUGUGCCCGUCCAGUCGAACCUCGAGCCGGCGCUUGCCAACUGUGUCCAGAAGCCGUGGGUGGACUGGAAGCAAUCCGGCUGCAAUUGGGUGCACGGGCAAGCCAACAUCGGCCUCGAAUAUUUCAUCGAAGACCGCGACUCUGAAACGUACAUCUGCAUUCUUUGCGCUGAGGCGUUCCACUACUCUCUCAAGCAAGAAGCCAUCGACCACAUCCGAGGUCUCGAUCACCUCAAGAAAUACUGCCAUGUGAACGCAAAUCUUCGGUGCAUGAUUCCGCCGAUCGAGGCCUGUCUGAAGCAUGAGGACUUGCUGAAGUUGUGCGGCGAAGUUAUUCAACGAAUGCCGCUAGAUGGCCAGUCAAAUGACGCUCGCGUCUACGAUUCGGCGUUGGCCGCGAGAAUUGGAACUUGGGGAACGGUGAAGCGAAGAUCGUUUGAAGCCGCCAAUUUCGAUACACCAUUACGCGAAUCGUACGAAAUUCUCACUGAAUUGGUGGAUAUCGUUGCCGAAGACACAACGGAAGCUCCCGAAACGAUCCCGCUGCGCAACGCAAUGCUCGCCACUGGCCUGGUGAUCAUCGACAUGGAGGAAAAAGGGGACCUCAAUCCCGAGCUCCUCGUCAGGUGCACUAAAUGCCACGUGGUCUUCGUCUGCACACCCGAGAACUUGGUCGAGGCCGCCUGGGAUGGUCAUUUCGCACGCGAAGAACACUUUCAGCGACAAGCCGCGCUCGCCGCCUGCCAAAUGGCGCCUGCUGGCUUCGCGAAGACCUAUUCUCAGUAUACGGUCAAGCCCUUUGAGCAGAAGAACCCGACAAAGAAGGUCGGCUGGCAGGUCAACAAGAAUACAAAGUCGCAUGAAUACGUUUUGUCGAUUGUCGGACUUGAGGAUAUUGUGGAUCGAAAGAGCGAUGAGCUUAACAACGCCGACUGGCACCCCGACUUCUACUGCCGGAUUUGCUUCACUUCGUUCCGCCGUAAAUCGCAGCCGCUUGAAGAACAUGUGCGAUCGUGGGAUCACGUGAUGUAUUAUGUGCACAAGUACCAUCCAAAAGCCAUGAAACGUGUGCAGGAGUUGGCCGACGAGGGCAAGAAUGCAGAGAUAAGGAAGCAUAUCGCCCAGCUGCUGCGCGAUACAGUUCCUCCAUCCGACUACUGUAUUCGCGUCUACGAUCCGGUGGGCGAGAAGGAGAGGAAGGCGUUGCUAGCGAUGAAACAGCUGCACAUGGAGGAGAAGCGGAAAGUUCUGGAGGAAGAGCGGCGGAUAGCUGAGGAGAAGCGACGCAAGAAAGACGAGGAACGGAUCAAGGCUAGACAGGAGGCGCUUCAGAAGGAGGCCAAGGAAAAGGAGGAGAAAGCUCGGAAAGAAAAACGACUUCGUGAGGAGGAAGCUGCCAAAGCGGCAAAAGACGCUAAGGAGGCGGAGCUGAGACGGAUGCUCGAACAACGCCAGAAAGAACUGGCCUCCCAGCGAGAAAAGCUUGCCCAAGAGAAAGAGAAGAUGCUGAAGUCUCAAAAAGAAAAAGACGAAAAGGCCCGUGCUGCCAAGGAGAAGGAGAGGGAACGUGAACGCGAGAAAGAAAGAGCCAGGGAGAAGGAGCUGGAACGAGAGCGAGAGCGUGCAAGAGACAUCGAGCGCGAGCUCAUGCGCGAAAAGGAAAGAGCCAAGGAAAAGGAGAGGGCCGAGGUGGAAGCACAGAAGAAUCGGAUCAACGACAUGCAGCUGAAUCAACAGCGUUUGCUCUUGCAGCUAGAGACGUUACGCCGUCAAAAGGAGGGAAUUCCUGUCGUCCCCGAGCCCGACCCGGUGAUCAUGAACCCGCUCGUGGAUCUCAGUGUGCCUCCGCCAUCGAUUACGCAGCCCCCUCCAAUGAUACAUCCCGAGCUCGUCCAAUAUCCCGGCGUUCAACAACCCAUGCUACAUCUCCAACCAGGUAUGGCUCUUCCGAUGGGCGUCAUUCCGGGCUUGCAAUAUCCGAUGGGCGUCUCAAUGGCUCUCCCAGCCGCUCCCCACAUCCCACCGCCAAUGAAUCAAGUUCAAGUGCCCGUUGCACCGACGCCAAUCUGGAAUCCAACCCCUCCCGAUAAGCCUAGCUUGGCCAGGGCGAGGGUUGAUCCAUUCCUGCUUGAUCCCGGAAGUUUCGCGAAUAGAGACGCCUUGCUCAAGUUCAUGUGGGAACAGGGCACCGUGCCGAUCCCACAGGAGGAGCUGCCAAAACGGUUCAACAACUUUGCCACCAGCGCCGAAGGUCACAUCGGAUUGGAUGCGGUCAUUGAAGUAAUCUGCCUCGACGACCCCGUUCUCGAGUCCUACUACUGCUCGAUGUGCCGUUUCUGGGCUUUCCCGUCGCAAAUGCAAAAACACCUUGGUGACCAGAAGCAUCGUUUGGAAUUCCUGGCCAAAUAUCGCAAGAGCUUCUACCAAGCAAUCAUGAAGGAGAAGAACCACGAGAUCCAGGACUGCAUGAUCGAGCAGUUCGCCGUGCAGCUUUGGACGAGAGAAAAGCCGCUCCCAGUGGUGACGCAGCGCUUCCGUACGGUGCUCAACCGGAUCGUCAUCUCCCGAAUGUGGCCGAGCUACGUCACUGAACUUGACCGGUCAUGGCGUUAUGAAUCCAGCGCUGGCAGUCCGAUUCCUGUUGCGCCGGAAGAUAAAUUGUAUAUCUCCAGCCAGGGAGGAGCUAUGCCCGUUACCGAUGUCUCCAGUGCGCUGUGGUCCGGCCGGCCUGUUGAGCAAGAGCCUGAGGGGCCAGCUGUUACGGAGGAAGUCGUUGCGCCAAGCAGGAGCCCCCCCUUUUUUAUCAUAUCGAAAAUUUCAGUCGAAAACGUGCCCGCGAGGAAACUCAAAAGCCGUCGAAGCGAGCCUCAUCACGUGACCGCCGCCGUUCUUCAUCACGCGAUCGACGGAAACAAGAAGCGUUCGAAAUCAAGGGAGAAGCUUCUACCUGAUGAUCGACCAAUGACAUGGGAAGAGUCAUCCGCCGCCUUCCUCACCAAGAUGGGCGUCAAAGUCGCCACGAAGCCGUCGUCAAAGGAGGCCAUUCCGGGUGUGAUGUCGGUGCCCAUUGAGGGAACCACUAAACCGAAGGCACCCCAAACUCCGCUGGACCCCAACCAGGAGACGAGCAAAAUUCUGGGGCUGCUGGCCACGAUGCAAAUGGAGUACAACAGAGGCGGUGUGAUGGACGAGCAUGCGAUAAAUAAGCUGUAUGACGAGAUCGGCCUUCCCCGAGAUAACGCUGAAACCCUUGGGCUGUUGACGCAAUUCUCAAGUCGAAUUUUCGGAAACGGGGCUGGCGACUCAUCGUCGCGAGACCAGGCCAAAAUCGACCUCGCCGCUUUUGGCAUCAAUCUCAAGAAGCCUGACACAUCAGCCACAAGAUCUAACGAAAUGCCACCACCCUUUGGCCAAAACCAACGCGAUCAAUACGAUUCGGGGCCCGGCAUGCAGCAGCCAUUUUCGAGCUCCACAAGCUCUGCCGCGCCUUCCACCGACCUGCUUCCGGACAAGAUUAGGAACCUGAUGGCCGGCUUGAAAGCCGGCACGUUGGAUAGUUUGUUCCCCAAGAAAAUAUCGGGCAACGACCAGUCGCAACCAUCCGACAUCUAUGGCCUGCCGACCGUCUCGAGCAGCUACCCCAACUACCAGCCAAGCCAGCCAUUCGACUACCCAUCUACCCAGCAGCAAUCCAGGCAGCCGCCACUUCCUAAAACAAAUCUGGCUAUGCCGAUGCAUCCCAGCGAGAUGAAGCGCCGCUCUGGUGACGGGCCUGUAUUCCCUGUCCAAGGUGGAAAUGGCGUCAAGUCGACUUUGCCGACGACGCGACCCACCAACGGCGAUGUCCAACGCCCUCAGCAAGACGACCCCCAAUACCCGCCGGGCGCCUACAACGAGCCGCCCCCCGUCCCCGGCAAGGAGUCCGCCACCAAGACGGCCCGCAAGAAGAUGAGACGCGAGCUGCGAGAGCACGGCUAUGACCCGGACGCGUUCUACUAUUAUGCUGACGGACCGACCCCUAUACCUGGCCGCAAUAUCGAACUCCCCAAAGGCCAAGUCACGAAGCCAGGCGGACAAGCUGCAAACCAAGACCACCCACCCGACGUCGUCACUCUCGACGACGAUUGGGACAGCGCUGUCGGGUCUCUGAAUUCUAUGAUCGGCGGAGGACCUGUAGCCCAAGGUACCUCGCGUCGCGGCCGCGGUGCUGCUCAUCUGCCUCGGCAGCAACAACAGCAGCAGCAGCGUCAGCCACAACCUGGACCGUCGAGCAAUUAUGCUCAUUACCAACAACAGAAUCAGUACAAGGACCAUCAACAACCCUACGAGCCACAGCAGCAGCAGGGGCAGCCGUCCUACUUCAACCAAGAUUACGGCUAUGACAACGCCUGGCAGGCGCCGCCCGAAUCGAUAGAUCCUUGGGCUGAGCAGCAGCAUCAGCAAGUUGCGCCGACGGGUGGCCGUCCGAUUAAAUCGAUUCUCGACAUCGAGACCCGCCCUCCACCGCCCCCGCCGGCAGCUCCGUUGCAGCGAUACCCGCCGGCUCGUCAGCAGCGCGGUCCGCCGGCGUACAAUCGAGGCGGCUACGGACACUAU